AUGCUUCAGACUUUGAGCAGUCAGUCGCCAGUACCCUCUGAAAUAUUUGCGCUUAUUGCGCUUCUUAUUCUAUCCCUUAUUGUUCUCCUAAUCCAGCGACAUUACCUCCCACUACGAACAACGCCAGCCUACCUACUAGUGCCCGUCUUCUUUGCACUAUGGCUACCUGCGAGUAUCGUGUUAUUAGUCCCUAUUGAUUUGGCAUCGAACGCCAGUACCGAUGAUGAAGCAACAAGAGGGAUUUGGCUCCCCCCUAGGGCACUGCUUGUAUCAUGGAGGAUCUCAUAUUGGCUAACAUUUGUCCUGACUUGGUUCAUACUCCCAAUACUUGCAGAAUAUUCAGAUGCUGGUUACCGCGAACCGAAAGACCGAAUACUUUACUCGCUGCGAUCGAACGCUCAGUACUAUGCACUCGUAUUUGGCUCGGCUGUACUUGGACUUGUAUAUUUCUUUAUAUCAUAUGGCCCUUCAUUCAUAUCGCUAAAGGGCUUGAUAUUAGCCUUGGCCUAUUGCUGGGGUUUGAUUUUAGCCAUCUACCUCAUGGGCCAUGGACUUGUUGCAAUUCCCCGAAAUUUGUUCCAAAAUGCAAGUGCCAGUCACCGACUACAUCGGCUACAGAGCCAUGCGCCGAAGCUAUAUGAAAAGAUGGAGGAUGCCAUGCUUAAUUUGGAAGAUUUAGAGGUCCAAGUGUCAGAACUAAGCAAGCGUAAAACUGGAAGUGCUAGGGAUUUCCAAGACUGGAUCGAGGAGUUGUCGGAUAUAUGCAAUAUUCCCGAAUCUAGACCUAGAAGUGUUCUCCCUCGAGUAGAUAAUGACGCUCGCAUAAUCCCGACAGUCAUCACGGGGAAGUACUUGGCAGACCUCACACGCCAACUAGACCGCGCGAGGCAUGCUAAGUCGCGAUAUGUCGAUGAGUGGGAUCGCUUACUCCGCGACGCUUCAAAAACGCAAGCGAUACUAGAUUCUGCUGCCUCAAAGAAGCUCGACUUUGGGAGAAGUUCACCAGGCUCCUCGUUCUGGGAGAAGACUACUGUGCUCACUCCCUAUACACGGUAUAUCCUUUACUUCCACAUUAUACCUUGUCUCCGUAUUCUCUUCGGCGGCUUCCUUGCGCUAGCAUCAGCUUGUAUUAUAUGGUCCGAGUUAGUAAAAGCAGCUCUACCGUCAUUAUCAGUUAUCCGGUUUACUGUCGUUCAUCAUUGGACUGGUGACAACGGUCGUAUUGGCUUCGCAGGUCAAGUUAUCGCAGCACUUUGGAUAAUGUACAUGUGCGCCGCAGCUCUUCAUUCUGUAACCGAAGUCAAAGUAUGGCGUGGUCGCGCUCUAGUUCGCCGCAAUACUGCCCACGAAUCGGCAUUUUGGUACGCGGGUCAGGUCGCAAAGCUCAGUGUCCCGCUAUCCUACAAUUUUGUCACGUUUUUAUCUCGAUCGAUAUACGAGGAGACCACCUUCUAUAGUAUCCUAGGGCAAUACGUCGACCUUACUCCGCUUGGGAAAUGGUUUGACUAUUUAUUCCCAAUUUUUGUUCUCGUCCCAGUGUGCGCUACCUUGUUUGGAUUAUACGGUAAAGUGAGACGACUCUUCGGAUUUGGUGUUGACAUUGUGGACGAAGAAGAUCAACCCAGCUAUGGUAGCGGCUCGUGGCGCGAGGGGAGAGACUUAAUAGAGCGGGAACUAAACGGGACAUCGAUUUCGCGAAGGUUAGAUGAGGCUGCGUCCAGAUCUGCCAAUGGUCAACGCCGCGCCGCUCCUAUCUUGACAGUGCCGGCAGCCAGAGCCGAGGGUACUAGAACACCUUUUGCUACAUCACCAUCAUAUCACGAUGAGCCUGUUGGGAGGUCAGGACGACCCUCUCGACCCGACAUCAACGACUCGGAGCCUGAGGAUGAUAACUUCUUUACGAGCCUAGGGCAUCGAUUUAAAAACACAUUUGAUACUAUAGACACUCCAAAGUGGAUCCAGGACAUUGGAGAUGGGUUCAAGAAGCCGAAAUGGAUGGGUGGUAAUGACGAGGCUGGCGAGAGUAGUAAUAGAACAGGACGGAGUGACUCGGACAUACGUCGAUGGUUCGGAGGUGAUGGUAGGAUAAGACUAUAA